AUGCUUUUGUGCCUCUUUCACAAAUGAAAAGAAAUUAGAAAGUUUGAAGGAUUUGAAGGGAAAAAAAUGUUGCAAAGAGCUGCCAGCAACGCUUAUUCAUGGUGGUGGGCAGGCCAUAUCAGAACCAAGCAAUCAAAAUGGAUGGAGCAAAGUCUUCAAGAUAUGGAGGAAAAGGUAACGGCUGUGCUUAAAGUCAUUGAAGAAGAUGGAGAUUCCUUUGCCAAGAGAGCAGAAAUGUAUUACAAGAAGAGGCCGGAAUUGAUUCAAUUUGUGGAAGAAUUUUACAGGGCUUACCGCGCCUUAGCCGAACGGUACGACCACAUAUCGACCGAACUACAGAAUGCAAACAACACUCUUGCUUCCGUUUGUCCGGAGCGAGCUCAGUUUGCAAUGGAUGAUGAAGAUGAAGAUGUUUCGCCCACAUUCUCAAGGAAGACCCCAGCAAACUCUAAAGGCAAUGUCCCCGGGAUCCCAGACCUUCCUGUAAAAGAUUUGAAGGGUUUGAUAUCAUCAGCUAAAAAGAAAACGGAAGCUAAGCGACCGAAAGCCGCUACACAUGCAGUUCCUAAAUCCGGUUUGACCAAGGCUGAGGGACUUGAGGAGAUUCAUAGCCUUCAGAAACGGAUCCUGGCAUUGCAGACUGAAAAAGAGUUUGUUAAGGGCUCUUACGAGAGUGGUCUAGCAAAGUACCGGGCAAUAGAUGAUGAGAUAAAAGAAUUGCAAGAGAAAGUUUAUGGUUUGGUAGAUGAAUUUGGUGAAGGUAGGGUCAUUGACGACGAUGAAGCUCGAACCAUGAUGGUAGCAACAGCUUUACAAUCGUGCAAAGGGACAUUGACUCGGAUGCUGGAGCAGCAGGAGAGAUCGGUCUUGGAAGCAGAAGUGGAGCAGAAAAAGAUCAAGGAUGCAAGGGAGAAACUGGAUUCUCUUAAGAACAAGUUUCUCGUAAACGAAGGCAGUCAGGUAGAACCAUCUGAUAGAGAUAAAUCGGGAAUAGUAGCAGAAAAGUCGAAAAUAUUAGAACAAGAGGUGAGUGAUACUACCCAAAAGAGAAAGGACAUGGAGUCCUUAAGGCAAAAGAUAAAGGAGCAAUUUGAGGUUGGUCUUUCUGAAUCUCUGACUGUAACAGAAAUGGUGGAGAAGGUUGAUGAACUAGUGAACAAGGUCAUCAGGUUAGAGAACGCGAUUUCAUCUCACACGGCUCUUGUCCAGAGACUAAGAGCAGAGAACAAUGAGCUUCAAUCCCAGAUUCAAACUCUGGAAGAGGAUAAGGCCACAUUGGUUGAUGGGAAAAAUGAUUUGAAGAACAAGAUAAUGGAGAUGGAGGAGAAGUUUUAUGGGAUCCAGGAUUUGAAUCAGCAUUUCGAAGACCACAACAACAAUUUCCAAACUCAUUUUACUGAAGCACAUUGUAAUCUUGAUCACCUUUCGGAAAAGGUCCAUAGUAUGAAGCCAGAUGAGGAGGAGUUUGAAAGAGAGAAGAGCGAGGAUAACAACAAAAUGCCAAAGGAGGUGGAAGCAGGCCAGGAGUUCGUGGUAGCUAAUGCAUCAGAAAGGGAUAAUUCUCCAGCUGAAGUCAAAUCCACAAAAGAGUCUGAAGAACAAGAGAGGAGGAAUCUGGAUGCAAGUAAUGGCUUCAAAAAUAUACAGUCCGCAAAACAAGCGAGGUUCGUGGUAUCCGGUUCAUCAUCAAAAGAGGACUCUGGGACUAAAGUGGCAUUGCCAAAAGAAUCAGAAUCAAGGGAGGAACUGAAAUUAGAAGCGGGCUCAAAAGAACAUGAUUCUGUUAAAACUUCUACAAAUGAAGGUGCAUAUGACAAAGUUGGUACGCAAGCUCCUUUGCUGACAGUGGCUACUCUUGCUCAAGUUGAAUCAACAGAACAGGAAAUAGGACAAGGGGAUGAGCCAGACUGGAAGCAGUUGUUCUCGGAAAAAAUGGGAGACAGAGAGAAGAAUCUAUUGACAGAAUAUACCGCAACACUUCGGAAAUACAAGGACACGAAAAAGAGGCUGGAGGAAGUAGAGGCAAAUAACCAGAAUAUCGUGUUUGAGAUUAUGUUGCAGCUAAAGGAACUGAAGAGCACUAAUUCCUUGAAAGAUGAAGAGAUUCAAUCCUUACAUCAGAAAUUAAGCCUUUUACAAACAAGUAUUGGUGAAAACAACAGUACUGAUUCUGAGAAACCAGUAGUGACUAAAAUCUCAACAACACUGCCACCAGAGGAUGAAGAUGUUGGACCGACGCUAGUUAACCAUUCUUCGACUACUUCAGCAAUUGAAGAAAAGUUCAGGAUGAACAUUGAUGCACUGCUAGAAGAGAACUUGGAAUUCUGGUUUAGAUUCAGCACUGCAUUUCAUGAGAUUCAGAAAUAUGAAACCAGUGUGACAGACUUAGCGGCUGAGGCAUCAAAACUUGCAGAAAAACAAAAGAAAGAAGAGAAUACCGCUAAAAAAUGUACACUAGUAUCAGACGUGCGACCAUUAUACAAACAUCUGACAGAAAUACAGAAUGAACUGAAACUCUGGGUGGAAAGCAGUGUUUUACUGAAGGAAGAACUGAAGAAGCGGUUUUCAUCUCUGUGUGAAAUUGAAGAAGAGAUAACAAAGGCUUUGAAAGCAAGUGCUGAAGAUGACGACUUCAGCUUCACAAGUUACCAGGCAGUGAAAUUUCAAGGUGAGAUUUUGAACAUGAAACAAGAGAAUAACAAAGUUGCAGACGAACUGCAAGCUGGUUCGGAUCGUGUUACAGCACUUCAGAUUGAAGUCGAGAGAAGUCUGACAAAAUUGAAUGAAGAUUGUGAACUUUCCGGAUCAAAGAUCCUUCAAGGUAGCCGAAUGCAACAGUCACGUAGUUGGUCUGGGGUUCCUUUGAGGUCAUUUAUCUUUGGUGCCAAACCAAAGAAGGAAAAGACAUCGAUCUUUUCCAUCGUACACCCUACACUGCAUCGGAAGUUCAGUAGUUCAAGAUCAGGAAGUACCAAGAAAUAGGUAAAUGGAUUGGUUGCUUGUGUAAAGUUAUACUAUAAAGUCACCCCCUCCCCUUUUCUCAAAGUUGCUUUCUUCCUUUUAGUGAUACUCUCACAGAAUGCAGCAGUUUUCCUUUUCUCAUCUUGUUUGUGAACUAUUAAAAUCACUUUUUCUGUUGGCUGUAGGUGUUUCAUUUCAUAGUAUAUACUUAC